AUGGCAAAGAAACAAGUUAAAUCAAGGGUUACUGAAAAAGUUGAAAACAAAGAAAGCAUAACAACUCCAAGUGAAAAAUCGGUAGAAGAUAUUGAAGAGGAUUUACAAUUACCAUCUUCAUCUGAUGAUGAAGAAGAAGAAGACAUAGAGCAAGAAGAAUUAUCUGAAGAAGAAGAAGAACAAGAAGAAGAUAAUAUAAAUGGGUUAUCUGAUGAUGAUGAUGAUGAUGAAGAAGACGAAGAUGAAUCAAAAAAAAAACAAAUCAAAGCUAAUAAAUCUGGACAUUCCGUUAACAAAAUCAUUAAAACUUCUGAAGAAACCACUGGUACAUCAACAACAACUAAAACUACAAAAUCCAAAUCCGGCGUCAUAUAUAUUGGUAGAUUACCAUCAGGAUUCCAAGAAUCAGAAUUGAAAACUUAUUUUUCACAAUUUGGUGAUGUGAUUAAUCUUAAAUUAGCUCGUAAUAAAAAAACUGGUAAAACUAAACAUUAUGGAUUUAUAGAAUUUGACUCAUUUGAAGUAGCUAAAGUUGCUGCUGAAACCAUGAAUAAUUAUUUAUUAUUUGGUCAUUUAAUUAAAUGUGAAGUUGUUGAAAAACCUCAUGAAGAUACUUUUAAACAUGGUAAUAGAAAAUUCAAAGUUAUUCCUUGGAAGAAAAUUGCUAAAGAAAAACAUGAAAAAUCAAGAACAGAAGAAGAAUGGAAAGUGUUGAUUGCAAAAUUUGAAGAAUCCAAAAAGAAAAAGCAAGAAGAAUUGAAAAGUAAAGGUAUUGAUUUCGAUGUUAGUGCAAUAUAG